AUGAAGUGGGUAGAUGUCACCAGGUUGUUCCACGUACCACGAAUCCAGAUGCCUUUCCUGCUGGAGCUCUGCAGAGCUCUUAGUGCUGCCCUUAGCAGAGGGAAGAGGGUUGUACUUUACAAGAGGAACUUGGAAGCUCUCAAGCUGAGACAAACCUGGCAGUUUGACCAGGAGCAAACAGAACACUUCAUGUUCCCAUCUCCAUUUUCACCCGGAGCAGCAGCAGCUCUGGCAGGGAGCGAUGCGCUGUCCCUGCUCACUGACACAGCAGCACUGACGGGGGCCCCGGGGUCACCCGGCUCUUCUACGGGACGCAGAGCGGGUCCAGCGGGAGCUCCCACCGGGACAGCCGGGCCAGGCGAGGCUGCGGCGGCUGCACUAUCUCGGGGCAGUUAUCUCGGGGCACCGCGGCCUGCGCGGCCCCCUCCGCUCUCCGGCGGGGUCAGAGCUCCCCCUCCCGAGACACCACGGCCUCGCUGCUCCCCGGCACCGCUCCCGCUGCCCUCGCCGGGUCUCUCUCCGGGGGACGCCAGGAAGGAAGCGGCGGGGCGCUGCCUCCUAUCCCGGCAGGGGCGCUCCGCCGCCGCCCGGCUCGCAGGCAGGUACCGGCCGCGGGAGGGACGGGCCGCCCGGGCGGUUCCAGGCGGGGCCUGGCAGGGGGUGGCGGAGCCGGGACCCGGUGCAGCCUCCCCCGCGGGUGCUCGGCGCUGCGGGCGGGCGGGGGAAAGGCGGCGGGCGGCGCUGGGCGGCCGCACCGCAUGCGCAGGAGGGCAGGUGUCGCCGGCAGCCGAGGAGCCGCCGGGAGCAUCGUGGCAGCUCCGCGUCCUCAUGGUGCUGUGUCAGGGCGGAGAGGGCGACGCUGCUCCGGCAGCGGGCGGGCAGGAGCCGGAGGUGCCGCCGGGCCGGGAGGACGGGCCGGGUGCGGUGCAGCCGUGCCCGGCGCCCGGCGUCGAGGCGGCGGGUGCCGAGGAGCGCCGCGCUUGUGGCUGCUGCUCGGGCAUGUCCUGGCCGUUCUGCUGCGAGGCACCUGGUGAGGAAGGGGCAAAGAAGAAAGCUGCGUGCCCAGGACUUGGUCUGUUUUAUACCAUACUGUCUGCCUUCCUUUUCUCAGUGGCCUCUUUAUUUCUUAAAAAAAUAGAAGAUGUACAUUCAGUGGAAGUGAGUGCAUUUCGAUGUGUUUUCCAAAUGGCAUUUGUUCUUCCUGGUUUAAUAUACUACAAAACAGGGUUUUUGGGACCAAAAGGUAAAAGAAUUUUUCUUUUCUUCCGAGGAUUCCUUGGCUCUACUGCAAUGGUUCUUCUCUACUACGCUUACCAAGUCAUGCCACUAGCUGAUGCCACUGUUAUAACUUUUACCAGUCCUGUUUUUACAUCAUUACUGGCAUGGAUCUUUCUCAAAGAGAAAUACAGCCUUUGGGAUGUUCUGUUCACUCUCUUUGCAGUCACUGGAGUGAUUCUUAUUGCCAGACCACCAUUUCUGUUUGGCUCACAUGUUGCAGGGAUUGAAGGAAGUUACUCAGAUCACCUUAAAGGGACUAUAGCAGCGAUUGCAAGCACGUUAUCUGCAGCUUCGACUAUUGUUAUACUAAGGAAGGUGGGAAAGUCUGUGCAUUAUUUUUUGUCAAUUUGGUAUUAUGCAGUCAUUGGAUUAAUUGGCUGUGUUAUAGCAUUGUUUGUUUUGAAUGAAUGGCGUUUACCACAUUGUGGUAGGGAUAGGGUUUUUCUAAUAUUAAUAGGCUUGUUAGGGUUGGGGGGUCAGAUAUUUCUCACAAAAGCAUUACAGAUAGAGAAAGCUGGACCUGUAUCAAUAAUGAGAACAAUGGAUGUGGUGUUUGCUUUUAUUUUACAAGUUCUUUUUCUCAAUCAUAUACCAACUUGGUGGACUGUGGGUGGUGCCCUUUGUGUAGUAGCCAGUAGUUCCGGAACCGCCAUUCGUAAAUGGAGACACAGUGUGAAAAAAGCUAAACAGAGGGAAAUCUAACAAUAUGGACACUAAUUCACUACAGAAACAAGCAAUCUUGAAAGAUACAUAAAUACAAUAUUUAUUUUUAUUUAUUUAAAUAUCCCAUUUACCAAAUUGUAGUACCAAAUUGUAUCCAGUAAAAUAAGUUGACUUUUUUUUUAACCAAAAUCGAAGAUGUUUUAGCAACUGAUGAGGUAUAUACUUUCCUUUCUUAUAUUUAGGCGUGCUAAUAUGGGCAGUAGAAAGAUACUUCAAAGAUGUUGCUUCCUUUCAGAAGUGUACAAUAUUUAUUUUCCUAAAGUUCCUGACUCUCCACUUAGACUCUAUUUUUCAGAGCAGUGGAAAUAAGUCUCCCAGACUUAAUAUUCUGUGCUUGAUUACCACAGGGAUUGCAGUACAAAAGUUGGAAGGGAAUGAAGAGUUGAUAAUCGUUAAACAACCAGAUUUUAUAGAACAGAUAAAGCUUGUACUUCUAUAAGCUUUCUAGUUAUUAUUUUGCACAAGCAGAUGCCAAAUGCGGAUUUAAUUCGGAUUCUAUAAAAACA